AAAGGUAAUAGGGGUUACCUCUCACCUUUGACCUGGCUUUAGUGACCUUUGUACUCUCAGCUGGAACCUGGAACUUGCACGUCCACUUCUCCAAACUUUUAUCUUUCAUCAAAGCGAUUUUAAAAGGAUCAAAAACUCGUUUUAACUUUUGUAUGUUGAGAACGAAAAAAUUCUUCUUCGUCGUUCAGUAAAUGUCUUAAUAAAAUAAGGAGAAAAUGCUGUCACAGGAUCAGAGAGAGGACUUGCAAGCAGAAGAUGAACUUUUGCCCGACUUUCUUCCAGGCCCUUUGGACAUCUACAGGAAGAAAGCAUCCUUCAACUGGAAGGAGAUGAAGGUGUUUCUGGAAGGAGAAGAUAUGGUCAAGUUUAAGAAAUAUGUUUGGACAAAGCUGGAGGAAGAUCCCGCCUUCGCCCACCCUUCCGAAGACUUGACCUUGGACCAGCAGCGUGAGCUGACCUUCCGGCGCCACAAGCGGUUCCUGGAGUACGACUUCCUGCACGACGAGGACGUGAUGGAGAACCCGAUGAAGGGGAUCGUCAUCGGCGACUGUAUCGGGAUGUACGAUUGGUCGCUGUCUGCUAAAUACUCCUUAAACAAGCAGAUGUUCAACACCACCAUCAAGGCUUCUGGUUCUAAGAGACAUGAGGAGGUGGCCAACAAGUCUGUGAAUACUGAGGUGAUGGGAUGUUUUUCCCUGACAGAACUAAGUCACGGCACAAACACCAGGGCUAUGAGGACCACUGCUACAUAUGACCCAUCAACACAGGGCUUCAUCGUCAACACCCCUGAUUUUGAAGCCACGAAGUGCUGGAUAGGAAACCUGGGGAAGAUGGCUACCCACACCGUCCUGUACGCACAGCUCAUAACUCCUGAUGGCACGAACCACGGGCUCCACUCCUUCGUGGUUCAAGUACGGAACACCAGGACACUGAAAGCCAUGCCGGGGGUGAUGGUAGGAGAUAUGGGCAAGAAACUGGGACAAAACGGCUUGGACAAUGGGUUUGUUGCCUUCAACAAAGUGUGGAUUCCCAGAGAAAGUCUCCUGAACAGAACUGGUGAUGUCACCCUAGACGGGAAGUAUGUCACCCCGUACAAGGACCCAAACAAGAGGUUUGGUGCAUCGCUGGGUGCCCUGUCUGGUGGGAGGGUUGGGAUCACCAGCAUGGCGGUGUGUAACCUGAAGCUCUGCCUGCCCAUCGCUGUACGCUACUCUGCAGCACGCAGACAGUUCGGCCCACCUGGGAGUAAGGAGGAAAUUCCUGUACUGGAGUACCAGAUGCAGCAAUGGAGGCUUCUGCCAUACGUUGCUGCCACCUAUGCCCUGGACCAUUUCAGCAGGACCCUGUACAUGGACUUCAUCCAGCUCAGACUGGGAGUCAUGAUGAAGGACAAGAGUGAGAGACAGGAUGCCCUUGGCAGAGAGAUCCACGCCCUGUCCAGUGCUGGAAAGCCCCUGUCCACCUGGACGGCCAGAGAUGCUGUACAGGAGUGUAGAGAGGCCUGCGGAGGGCAUGGCUACCUGGCAGUGAACCGACUGGGUGACAUCAGGAAUGACAAUGACCCAAACUGCACGUAUGAGGGAGACAACAACGUCCUGCUCCAGCAAACCAGCAACUACCUGUUAGGGCUGGUCAGCAAACUGAAAGAUGGAACAAUAAGUUCUCCCCUUCACUCUGUGGAUUUCCUGAGUGACUUUCCAGCCAUCAUCAAGUCAACCUUCCCUGCCUCUUCUAUGCAGGACUGUUUGGAUCCUAAAGUUGCUGUUGAUGCCUACAAGUGGCUGACAUGUUACCUUCUGGACCAGAGUUUUAAGAAGUUGUCAGGUUUGAAGUCGAAGGGCAAGGAUCCAUUCUCAGCAAGGAACGACAGUCAGGUGUACUACUGCAGGUCCCUGUCCAUAGCCUUCCUGGAGCACACAGUGGUGGACAGGUUCUACCAGCUGUCCCACGAUGAGACCACCCCUGCCAGCCUCAGGCCUGUCUUACAGCAGCUGUGUUGUCUGUACGGUCUGUGGGCACUGGAGAAACACUGUGCCACCCUCUACCAGGGUGGUUACUUUAAGGAGGCCAAGUCUGUUGCCUGGGUGAGAGAUGCCAUACUGCACCUCUGUGAGCAGCUGAAGAACGAUGCUGUCUCACUGGUGGACGUCGUCGCGCCUCCAGACUUUAUCCUCAACUCACCUAUCGGCCUGUCAGAUGGUCAGAUAUACAAGAACCUGUGGACCUCAAUGCUGAGUGCUCCCAGGGUCCUGGAGCGCCCAUCCUGGUGGAGGGACUUCAUGGACAAACCUGUCAUCGGGUCAGUCAAGAGCAAGAUGUAACAUCACCAUGUCUGGAGCAGCUAACAGUUCAUGGUCAUCACAGACUAGCUUGGGUGCCAUCUUGGUUCAUAUGAAUAUCCUGCCACUGGUUGGUGAGGAGAGAUUAUGACUAAUCUAAAAAUGUUAACUAUCUGAGAGAGAUAACCCUUGAUAAUGUUUGCAAUGCAAAUAUAUAUGUUAUAGUCAUACAUUAUUCUAAUGCUGGUCCAAGCAGUUCAAUGGCUUCUUUCUCAAAUUUCUCAGGAAUAAUAAUUAUGAGGGGGAUGAAAAACUAUUGUGUGAAAAUUAAAGACAACUUGCAUCCAUAUCAGUGCCCCUCUUCCAUCUCUUAAAGUAAUUCUUAACAAUUUUUAAGGAGGAAUCUGAGCAAAAAUGACUUUGUGAUUCAGUUUCAAAUGUUCUACCAUGUUAACAUAUGAUCAAUUGUUCCUAUUUCUGUUGUAAUGUAUUGCUUGUAAUAGUGACAUUGAUGUCAGAUAUCAAUGCAGGAGUGACAACCCCUUGAUAUGUUGAAUAUUAAUUUAUGGAAUGUGUCUGAAUCUGCUAUUUUUGAUGUAACCAGGUGUCAAUUGAUAAGAUAUUUCACUGCAGUGACAACACACCACUCAUUACUACAGUAACUACAAGUUGAAGGCCUCUGAGACAUAA